GAAAAAUUCUGUUGAAACGCUGCCCGACAUGCCGGCAAGCAAACCUACCCGAUGUUUAAAUACAUUUUUAAACUAAUGGCGGCAGCGAGCAGAUAAAUGAUUUUUAGUAUGAAUCUUUGCGUGGUCUGCUAACACUUAGUUUGUUAGAAGAAAAGAUAUUUGGAUUUAGUAAUUCUUAGUUGACAGUAUUUCUUUGCGAUAAAAAUUUUUGCUCACUAUGGAAGUAAUCGCAAUAGUGACCGGUUUAUUUUUGGUUUAUAUUCGUUCAUCAAUCAGCUACCAGAUUUCUCGUGCAAACAUGAAUGCUGUGUCUCCGAAUGAGCCAUUAAUUCUAACUCCUUACAUCGAAUCCGGGGAUAUAGAGUUAGCGCGUAAUUUAAGCAAAACAAGACCGUUGCCUGCAGCUAAUCCGCAUCUACUCAGUUACAGUGGAUUCUUUACAGUUCGUAAAGAGUAUGACAGUAAUAUUUUCUUCUGGUUUUUUCCAGCACUGAACGGCGAUGAGGACUCACCCAUCAUCCUGUGGCUACAAGGAGGUCCUGGUUUCUCUGGAAUGUUUGGAUUCUUUGUGGAACAUGGGCCAUACGUGCUGAAGACUAAUACAAGCGCCGACUUUCGACCUUAUAACUGGGCCAGUACAUUUCAAAUGAUUUAUGUGGACAAUCCAGUGGGCACGGGGUUUAGCUUCACACUUGACGACAGAGGCUACGUUAAGAAUCAGGAAGAAAUGGCCGAUGACAUGUACGAAUUCCUACAACAGUUUUUUACUGUUUUUCCCGAGUACAGAGACAACGAUUUCUAUGUUGCUGGUGAAUCCUAUGCAGGUAAAUAUGUUCCUUCACUUGCUUACAAAAUCCACACUAUGGGUACACCUGCGAAUUUUAAAUUCAAAGGUAUGUCUGUUGGAAACGGGAUGUGCGACCCAGAAACAAUGAUGGACUACGGAGAUUAUUUGUACAAUAUCGGACUUGUGGAUGAAAUACAAGCCAAACAAAUGAAGAAUCUCUCAAAUUCCAUCGUCAACCACAUAAGAAAAAAGGAUUAUUACGAAGCUCUAGUGGAAAUGGAUAAGCUCAUCAUCAAUUUCCAGUUGCUUCCGUAUACCAGCUUAUUUAAAAACUUCACGGGAUUCGAUUUCUAUUACAACUUCUUCCACAGUGAGGCUCCAGAAGACUUUAACUACUUUUACACGUACGUUGAACUUCCAGAAUUUAAAAAGGCUCUUCACGUUGGAAACCUGAAAUUCCAGAAUGGAAGUAUGGCGCAAAAAUAUCUUCUUCUGGAUAUUAUGCAAUCUGUCAAGUCUAAGGUCGCUGUCAUCAUGGAUAACUAUCGAGUGCUUUUCUAUAAUGGACAACUGGAUGUCAUCAUACCGUAUCCAUUAACAGUCAAUUUCUUGAAGACGGUGAAGUGGAAGCAUUCAGUUGAGUACAGAGAAGCAAAACGUACGUUAUGGAAACUGAACGGAAAAAUUGCAGGUUAUGUACAUAGUGUAGAAAAUUUCCAUGAAAUUUUAGUGAGGAAUGCGGGCCAUAUUUUACCCUAUGAUCAGCCAGAAGUUGCACUGGAUCUUAUCACGCGAUUUGUUAAGAACAAGCAAUUUUCUUAAUAUAUAUUUUUAUAUGUCUGUAAAUUGUUUUUCAUAUGCUAUCAUAUUUGAACUAAAACCAUACUUUCCAAAUGAAAGCAAUUUAUUUGAGAAAUUUACUCUAACAUAAGUACACUGUUAACUGACACGGACUUGUUCCCCAUAGCAAUGUUGGAUACCCUUCAUAUUCUUCAACGUCCUGGUUUUUGUAUUUCUGUAUAGUUAUGAUUCUAACUUGAGAAUUUUAGUUGUCCAUACACCUGUGUUCAGAAUUACCUUUAUUUGCACCAAAAAUUUUAUUUCUCAGAAGCUGUAAAUAAAGUUAAAUGAAUUGUAUUUGAAUGCGACUUAGAAUUAUCAGACAGAAAUGUAAACUAAAAAGUCGAAUAUGAUGAACACGAAGCUAUAUUAUUAAAAAAUAUAUUAAAAUAAAGUAGU